UUUUCUUUUUUAACUUUCUUGUGCUUUUUUUUUUCUCCUUAACAAAAAUCAAAAUGAUUAGUGUAUUUCAUGCACAUCUAAUUUAAUCCUAAUCACUGCCUCCAAUUUAUCAGCCACAACUUUAAUUCCACAUUCUUAUUAUUUUCUCUACAACCCAAAACAAAAUAUCAGAAAGAAAUUUUAACUGAAAUAACAAGUUUAAAGAAGAAGAAGAAGAAGAAGAAGAAGAAGAAGGAGGCGGUGGCCGGUGGUGGGUUCGGUGUAUAGAGGAUCUGAAAUUGGUUAUAUUCUGUUAACUGCUGGAAUUAGUAAAGCAAUUUUCAGUAUAUAUUGGAGACACAUACAUAUUGGUAGUAGCACGAGCAGUAGCAGAUGAUUAUUAGAUAAUGAUGAGCAUGAUAUCCUGGAAGUUGCAUUCAUGGAUACACCUGAAAAUAAGAAGCUCAAUGAGAUAGUUGACAUAGUAAAAUCAUGGAUCCCGAGAAGGACAGAGCAGGUGAGUGUGUCCAGGGAUUUCUGGAUGCCCGACCAGAGCUGUAGGGUAUGCUACGAGUGCGACUCUCAGUUUACUGUAUUUAACCGCAGGCAUCAUUGUCGUCUCUGUGGCCGAGUUUUCUGUGCCAAAUGUGCAUCAAACUCUGUUCCUAUCCCAAAUGAGGAGCCCAAGGCUGGCCGGGAAGAUGGAGACAGGAUAAGAGUAUGUAACUUCUGUUUUAAGCAGUGGCAGCAGGGGUUAGCCACGGUUGAUAGUAGGAUGAACCUUUCUAGUCCAGGCCUCAGCCCAUCUCCUUCUACCACAAGUUUGGCCAGCAACCAGUCGGGCUGUACUUGUAACAGUGGUAGCAGUGGCAGUUCAACUAUUUACCCUACCGGGCCAUAUCAGCAUGUAACAUGCAGAUCAUGCGAAAGCGCUUCUCAAUCAGUUCAGAUGGGUCCUACUGCUCUCCAGUUAGACCAAGAAACAUCUCCGGGGAAUCCAGAUUUUGGUCAUUUUGUCUCUUGCUACAGGAGUGAUGAUGAGGAUGAUAAUUAUGGUGUUUGUGGAUCACAUUCGGAGCCAAGGCACUUUACUCCACCAGAUGUCUAUUAUGGUGCUUUCAACUACAAGGAGAUGAAUAAUAUUUGUGGACCAAGCAAUGCACAACCUGCUGAAAUUGAAUCAAAUAGUGUAAAUUCUUCAUUAUUGGCAGAGAAAAGUGAAUGGCAUAACUCAGAAGGGAUGAAAGAGGUUGGGAAUGAAGCAGAUACUUGUAUCAAUGGUAUCGGGCGUGAAGGUCCUCCUCCCUGUGUUGUGAAUGAUACAGAUAAUGCACCUGUUGACUUUGAGAAUAGUUAUUUACUCUGGUUGCCACCAGAGCCAGAAACAGAGGAGGAUGACAGAGAAUCUCUUUUAUUUGACGAGGAUGAUGAUGGUGGUGAAGAAGCCCAAGGGGAGUGGGGUUACAUGGAUUCAUCGUGCAACUUAGCUGGUGGAGAGUACCAUAGUAGGUAUAGGUCAACCGAAGAGCAUAGAAAUGCCAUGAAAAAUGUAGUUGAUGGACAUUUUAAAGCUUUGAUUGUGCAGCUUUUGCAAGUUGAAAACAUUCCUCCAGCUGAGGAGGAUAAUAAAGAGAGUUGGUCGGAGAUAAUCACAUCUUUAUCCUGGGAAGCUGCUACACUCCUAAAGCCUGACAUGAGUCAAAAUGGAGGAAUGGAUCCUUGUGGAUAUGUGAAGAUUAAAUGCAUUGCCUGUGGACAUCGUAGAGAAAGUAUGGUGGUUAAAGGUAUUGUUUGUAAGAAAAAUGUGGCGCACCGGCGAAUGACCUCAAAAAUAGAUAAGCCUAGACUCCUACUCCUUGGAGGAGCACUGGAAUAUCAACGGGUGGCUAACCAUUUGUCAAGUUUUGACACUUUAUUGCAGCAGGAAAUGGACCAUCUAAAGAUGGCUGUUGCAAAGAUUGAUGCUCAUCAUCCAAGCAUUCUGUUAGUAGAGAAGUCAGUAUCUCGAUUUGCGCAGGAAUACCUGCUUGCGAAAGACAUAUCUCUGGUUCUCAAUGUGAAGCGGUCACUUUUAGAGCGUAUUGCCCGUUGUACAGGUGCACAAGUAGUCCCUUCAAUUGAUAAUCUUACAACGCCAAAGUUAGGGUACUGUGAUUCGUUCCAUGUUGAUAAGUUCGUAGAAGAGCAUGGUAGUGCUGGGCAAGCUGGAAAAAAAUUGACAAAGACCUUGAUGUUUUUCGAGGGAUGCCCAAAACCAUUUGGUUGUACUAUUUUGCUCAAGGGCGCCAACGGGGAUGAUUUGAAGAAGAUAAAACGUGUUAUCCAGUAUGGAGUUUUUGCUGCUUAUCACCUGGCUCUGGAGACAUCUUUUCUUGCUGAUGAAGGUGCAUCCUUGCCAGAGCUCCCCUUGAAGUCCCCAAUUAAAGUUGCAUUGCCUGAUAAACCAUCAACUAUUCAAAGAUCCAUUUCUAUGAUUCCUGGUUUCUCUCUACCCAUAGCCCAGAGACCGCUCGAUCACCAUUGCCUUGGCAUGUCAUCUCAUUCCUCAACCAACUUGUUGUCUGGUAUCACAUCAUCAUCCAACAAUACUCCAAUGCUUGUUGAACAAUCAAGUUUCCCUGAAGGUUCUAACUCAUUAGCUAGUGCUACAACUGCCUCAAAUAAGGUAGACCUUUCUGAUUGUCUUAAUUCCUCUCAUCAUUCAAGGCUUCAGUUCUCAGAUCAAGCUGAUGAGAGGAAUAAAAUGGCUCCAAAUGACCCUCAUGAAGAAUCUCCACUGGACAGAGGUGAAGUUGCAGGAAAUGAUUAUAUACCGAAUUUUCCUAGCAAUGCUUUGAGGGAUGCUGGUAGCCUUUCUCAUGUUGUGGAAAGUUCACGCACUACUCACUUAACUUCAGAAUUGUUGCUACCGGAAUUUGGUAAUAGUUACUUUGAGGAAUUAGGCUCACUGAAGCAAGAGUUUCCUUCCUCAUCUUCCGAUCAGCAGAGUAUUUUAGUCUCCCAUUCAACACGCUGUGUUUGGAAAGGAACUGUUUGUGAGCGCGCUCAUAUUUCUCGAAUAAAAUACUAUGGACUCUCUGAUAUGCCUUUGGGCCGUUUUUUACGGGACCAGCUGUUUGCUCAGAAUUAUAGGUGUCCCUCAUGUGAAAUGCCGCCAGAAGCACAUGUUCGUUGCUAUACUCAUCGGCAAGGCAGCCUCACAAUUUCUGUAAAGAACCUACCUGAACGUAUCUUGCCAGGAGAACGGGAAGGAAAGAUAUGGAUGUGGCACAGGUGUCUGCGAUGUCCUCGGACCAAUGGUUUCCCUCCUCCAACCAGGAGAGUAUUGAUGUCUGAUGCUGCUUGGGGAUUGUCAUUUGGGAAAUUUUUGGAACUCAGUUUUUCAAAUCAUGCAGCAGCGAGCAGGGUCGCAAGUUGUGGUCAUCUUCUUUUUUUUUGGAUUUAUUUCUGUGAUGGCACCACUAAGUUUUUUUUUUCUUUUUUCCUUGUUGCCCUAGCAAUGGUUUGUUCUGCACUUGAUAUUUGGUUUUGUUGCCUCAGGUUUGGGACAAUGGUAGCUUGUUUUCGAUAUGCUCCUAUUGGUGUUUAUUCUGUAUUUCUCCCACCUCCAAAGCUAGAAUUUAGCCAUGAUAAUCACGAGUGGAUUCAGAAAGAAGGUGAUGAGGUGCACAGCAGGGCGAAUGCUUUGUUUGCUGAGGUGUCCAAAGCUCUUCAUGCAAAGUUGGAAAAAGUUUCUGUUGAUAGUAGCCUGAAAGCACCGAAUAUAAGUGAGCAGAUUGUAGCGAUGGAAGAAAUAUUAGAGAAGGAGAAAACUGAGUUUGAGGGAUUGUUAUGCAGGGCACUUAGUGGGGAGGUCAAAGUUGGUCAGCCUGCAGUUGACAUCCUUGAGAUAAAUCGACUCAGAAGGCAGUUGGUUUUUCAUGCUUAUCUAUGGGACAGACGCUUGAUACAUCUUUCCAGUUCUCAUGGUAAAAAUUCCCAAACUCAGGGCAGUUUGACACCACAACUGAAGGAGAAAUGCUUCAGCUCUAGCGAGGAACUUUCUGAAAGGAAUACAAUUCCGAGACCUGGCAAAAGCUUAGGUAGCUGCGAUUCAGUUCUUCAGAAUGUGAAGACUGAAAUAACAUCUAAUGAAGGAAGAGACAGUCAGAUUCCUCAUGGGGUUCAUGAAAGAUUGAAUAUUGAUGAGAACUUAUCUCGUGGGAAAGACGCUGAGGUUUUUUGUUCUAUAAGAACUACAGGAGGUGGAAAUGUACUGGAACCUGGAAAAAAUGUCAGAAGUGUACUUUCAGAUGGAAAGUUCCCUUCUGUGGAAAGUUUAUCUGACACUCUUGAUGCUGCAUGGACUGGUGAAGGCCACCUGGCUAUUAAGGAGCAUAACAGUGCAUUUCCAGAUUCUUUCCUUGUAGAUUCUUCUGCUUUGACUGGAGUUGCAGCAAACUCAGACGUCGAAAGGUCUAUGUGUGGCAAAAGCGGGGCUGUAACACCUCAUUUAUCUGCAAAGUCUGAUAAUGCAGACUACUUGACCUGGGCAACGGCACAUUUUUCAAAUUUCUAUCGUUCCUUCAACAAGAAUAUCACAUCAGAUCCACAAUUUGUUGGUAAAUUGGGCGAGCAUAAUCCUGUUUAUAUCUCGUCAUUUAGCGAAUUGCUACAUCAAGGUGGUGCCAGGCUGCUGAUGGCUGUUGGUGUUAGUGACAUUGUUGUGCCAGUUUAUGAUGAUGAGCCAACAAGUAUUAUCUCAUAUGCACUUGUCUCACCAGAUUACCACAAUCAAAUGUCAGAUGAACCUCAAAAUCUGAAAGAUCACAAAUCUUCAGCGUCUCUGCCGUUUCUAGAUUCAUUAAAUUUACUUUCACACUCGUCUGUGGAUGAAGUUUUUUCGAACUCUUCAAGAAGUUUUGGAUUUACAGAUGAAAGCAUGUCAUCGAGUUUUAGUUCUCGCAACUCAAACAUGGAUCCACCUGCAUAUAUUAAUGCUUUGCAUGCCCGAAUAUCUUUCUCAGAUGAUGGACCUCUGGGAAAGGUUAAGUACACAGUCACCUGUUAUUAUGCAAAGCAUUUUGAGACCUUAAGAAAGUCUUGUUGCCCCUAUGAAUUAGACUUCAUACGGUCCCUUAGCCGAUGUAAAAAAUGGGGUGCACAGGGUGGCAAGAGCAAUGUUUUCUUUGCCAAAACCUUGGACGACCGAUUUAUCAUCAAGCAGGUAACAAAGACAGAGUUGGAUUCAUUUAUCAAGUUUGCACCAGCUUACUUUAAGUAUUUAUCUGAAUCGAUAGCUAGUGGGAGCCCAACUUGCUUGGCAAAGAUUUUGGGGAUCUACCAGGUUACAUCAAAGCAUCUCAAAGGGGGGAAAGAAUCAAGAAUGGAUGUGCUUGUUAUGGAAAAUCUUCUUUUUAAGCGCAACAUCACUAAACUGUAUGACCUCAAAGGGUCUUCUCGAUCACGCUAUAAUCCAGAUUCAAGUGGAAGUAACAAAGUUUUGCUUGAUCAGAACUUAAUUGAAACGAUGCCAACUUCUCCGAUUUUUGUGGGAACGAAGGCUAAGCGGCUGCUGCUGAGAGCUGUGUGGAAUGAUACUUCAUUUCUAGCUUCAAUAGACGUGAUGGAUUACUCGUUACUGGUCGGAGUGGAUGAGGAAAAGCACGAACUGGUGCUUGGUAUUAUUGAUUUCAUGAGACAGUAUACAUGGGACAAACAUCUUGAGACGUGGGUAAAGGCUUCAGGCAUUCUAGGUGGACCAAAGAAUUCAUCCCCAACAGUGAUUUCUCCAAAGCAAUACAAAACGAGAUUCAGGAAAGCAAUGUCGACAUACUUUCUGAUGGUGCCAGAUCAAUGGUCUUCAUCAACAGGCAUUUCUAGUGGAUCCCAAGCCAAUCUAUGUGAAGUCUCAAGCGGGCCUACAUGAAGUGAUCCUUAAAUAUCAGAUCAGAAAAUUUGCAAGAUAUUUGCCCCGAGUGGUCUUGGUAUAAUUCUAUUCAACCUUUCUUAUGCAUGAGUUUUGUAUAUUUUGUGUAGGAACAUGUUGGAUAGUUACUUCAUGAAGUUACUUCACACCAAGAAUCUCUAUUUUUUGGGCAUUUCUGCAACUGUCUAAGCUCUUGUACAGACAAUAGUGUUUCUUCUUUUUCUUUCUCCCUAUGGUUUGAGAUGAAGAAAGGGUCUCCAGUGGAUUGUCCGAGGAAACAUAUCGCACCCCCUCCCCCAUGUUGGUUUUCUAGUUUUCAGGAACUUGAUACGUCCAUUUUGAUGCUCAAUUGAAGAUCUUGGUAUAUUCAUGUGUUUCAAUGAGAAUGGGAGGCUUUUGACAACGGCUGUUAUGGUAGCAGUAAGAGGGAAUAGAAUUUUAUCUAGAAGCUGAGUCCUAAAAUUAGAUGCCAUUCAAGAUUUGUGCACGCUUGAGAUGAUUAAACUCUCUCUUCAAAGAGUAUUUCUUAUUGGGAUUCUUGCCCUCUUCCUAUUUUGCGCCCUUUACUUGAAUCAGUUGUUAUGUCUUUUCUACUUGCAAUAUAUUCAGAAACUGUUCGAGGGUUUUGUUCCCCACUCGAGAAAAUCCAGGGGCUUCAUGUCACUGAUGCAAUAGAGCUUCUGCAGAUUUUACAUUUGCAUCUAUACUUACUGUAUCUUAUGUAGCAAAUGGAGAUAGAAAUGUGCUACUGUGCAGAAUAGAUUACAAUUAGUUUCUAAUAGUGAAUGCUCGUUCAAAGUCAUAUCUUUAACUGUUAUCUUGGUGUAUUUCUGGUUGUGAAUACUCGUUCAAAGGUCAUAUCUUUGGUUGUUA